AUGAUGGUAAAUAGAGCUAGUGGAGAAACAAAGGCUUGCUUUGAAAGCGAUGGUUUGGUUGCACCGUUUCAGAUAUAUCUAGAUACAUUACACAUGCCAUGCUGCGUAACCAUCCGCAAUAUUAGGAGGCUGACUGAAGCUGACUCAGAUGCCCGCACAUUUCCUGUGAAGGAAGAGAGAAAUCAGGGAAACAUGUUGAUUUGUUCACACAGAGAAUAG